AUGGCCGGUUCAACGUAUGGCGUGGUCCUGGCGUUCCUAAUAUUCUUCGUCGUUGCUGGGACAAUCUACGGCCUUUUGAAGUUGUACGGCACUCAAACCUACCCACAAAAGAACGUUCCGGCGCAAAGGGAGCAUAUUCCAAGGAGCUUCUACAACGCGGACAACAUUUCGGGGUACAGCGAUAACAUAGUUCCGAACAUACUGCACUUGGUAAGGUACAAUUCGCCCAAAUUGGAGUUUAUUGACGUGGUGACCUUCCGCUCCAUGUAUUUGAACCAUCGGCCCGAGAAGAUAUACGUUCACUGCAGUCCUUGCGGCUUUGAAGGGAACUAUACUCACUUUCUAGAAGGCAUCAACUUCACCUUCAUCCCAACAGUUUACCCCACUGAGAUUUUUGGCAUUCCCAUAAAGGGCCCUUUCGGCUGA